GCUGUAAACGCUGCUUUGAAAUUAGAUGUUUUUUAUGCGUCCCUGAACCGUGAAGAGAUAAAUAUCGCGUUAUUGGUGGAGUAUAAGCGAGCACAGGGUUGCUAACAGGCCGCUAAUAGCGCUGUUUUAGGUUCACAAUGCGGACUAGGUGACACCGCGGAGCGACAUCGACGGCGCUCUUCGCGUUUUCCUUUUUGAGAAAGUGCUUAGAGUUUUGGAAAUAGAGGAGGAGGGUGAACCAAACUGAGCCGGGGUUGAAGGGUCUUGGGGGCAGCAUCACUUUCGAAAGUUUGUCUCGGUUAUUUCCUGGAGUCUCCAAAACCACCAACUGGCCUGGUUUGUUUACAUUUUGUGGCCCAGGCGUGUAUGCGUUUUAACAGCCGUUUUACCACGCGCUCCAGCUAGUGUAGCUGGUGUUUAGAGACCCGGUCCAGUAAAUAUAAUGUUACCGAGCCGGGUUGGAUCGGCACCAUCUGGAAACGGGUCAGCUUCGGGCAGGGGUAACACAGGACACGGUUCGGGGAUUGUCGGCGGCGGGAUCCGUCCCGUUUUGAUCAGAGCAGGGCAAGCUUUACCGGGGGUGAGCGAGGGCUCCGGUGCUGCCGGGCGACAGGGGGAAAGAGACGCCGUCGGGAUGCUGGGGGCUAACGGUCCAGGGGGUCCGAGAGGUGCGAGACCGGGGAACGGCACUGGGCUGACGCCUCUGCAGACCGCCGUCCAGGGCAACAUGGUGGGGUUGAACACGGGAGUUGUGUUGACUCACGGAGGCAGGUUCGACCCGGACAGAGAGAGUGCUCCUCUGUGCAGCGGCUCGGAUAAUGACUCGGACUCCGGAGAUGAUGAUGACCCAGUGGGUUCACUCGGGGACAGCCGGAGGGGGGUGAAGCGGGAGAGAGAGAUGGAGGCUGCGGUGACGGGUCAGGAAGUUGGGGUACCUACCGGAGGUUACGGCAUGGUACCCGGAGGGGUCGCCGGGGCAAAGCCGGGGAAAAAGACACGUGGGCGCGUAAAGAUAAAGAUGGAAUUUAUUGACAACAAGUUGAGACGUUACACCACUUUCAGCAAGAGGAAGACGGGCAUUAUGAAAAAGGCCUAUGAACUCUCCACCCUGACGGGAACCCAGGUCCUGCUGCUCGUGGCCAGUGAAACGGGCCAUGUCUACACUUUUGCCACCCGCAAACUCCAGCCCAUGAUCACAAGCGAAACAGGCAAGGCUCUGAUCCAAACAUGCCUCAACUCACCGGACUCGCCGCCGCGCUCUGAUCCCUCCAUGGACCAGCGCAUGAGUGCCACAGGCUUUGAGGAAACGGACCUCACCUACCAGGUGUCUGAGUCGGAGAGCAUGGGCGACACAAAGGAUACACUGAAGCCGACGUUCACGGUAGCCAGCCUACCGGGCACUACCAGCAGCGCCCAGUCCACAGUACCCACCACCUCCACCACCAUGCAGGUGAGCAGUGGAACUUCGUUUCCCAUCACCAACUACUUGGCGCCCGUCUCGGCCGGCAGCAACAUCAGCGCCAACGGUACCGUCCUCAAGACAGCCGGCGGCUCCACGGGGGUCAUGCAGCUGCCCAGCGGCUUCACUUUCAUGCCUGCAGGCACUCCUCUCCCCCCUGGCACCCCCACCAUUCCUUUGAGCCAGCUGCAGCAGCACUCCCUGGCCCUCCAGGGGCAGCAUGGUCAGGCCCUGGCCGCCGCCCCGCAGCCACAGCAGGGACAGCAGGCUGUCUUCCGCUUCCCUGCUGCUGUCUCCCUCACAGGAGCGGGGGUUCCCCAGCAGCUCCAGGCUAUCCAGGUCCACCCCAACACCCAGUCCACCUCCAACAGCGACAGCAGCCCAGAGAUCUCCCACACCUCCUCAAACUCCACCGCAACGGUGAGUCUCCCAGCAACCAUCGUCACCUCGUCGGUGCCAACGUCGGUUGCGGGUCACAUGAUGUACCCCAGCCCCCACACAGUGAUGUAUGCCUCCACGCCCGGCCUGACUGACGGGGGACUGGCUGUGCUCAACGCCUUCUCCCAGGGCACCUCGGCCAUGCAGGUGUCCCACGCACAGGGCCAAGACACAGGUGCUGUCCCUCAGGUGUUCCUCACAGCACCUCCAGGCACGGUGCAGAUCCCUGUCUCAGCGGUGCAGCUACACCCAGUACGGCAAGAUCUGCAUUUUACAAAUGGUGAUUGGACAGCAGUCGAGCGGCAGCAGCAGUAACCUGACAGAGCUACAGGUAGUCAACAUGGACGUGCCACAGAACUCAAAGAACGACUGACAGACUGCUAGAGCUGGUUAACAGGGCAGACCCAGGGACACACACAGACAGACUGACUGACUGACAUCUCUAUUUAUUGAUGCCUUCCUACAGAGUUUCACAUUACACUUCUGAAUGUGACUUUAAAGUACAUAUAUACACACAAUCAAGGGCGUAUGUGUGGCUGACCCUUAUACAGUAUACAGUAUGUUUUGGUAUAUAAAUAUAUAUAUAUAUAUAUAUAUAUAUAUAUAUAUAUAUAUAUAUAUAUAUAUAUAUAUAUUCGCAAAUGCAUAGGAAAUAUAUCACUACAUCCAUCAUCGGAAGCUAUUUUCUAUGCCGUUAGAUGGUGUUAUUUUUUUCUUGUGUGCGUGUGUUUUUUUGUUAUAUUUUUGAAAAUGUGUAAUUACAUGUGUAUACACACACAUACACACACACUGCAAGGUGCCACAGCUUCACACCAGCCAAAGAGACAUUUGUUUGUCUGAAUGUUCCAGUGUGAGCAACUUGUGCACAAGUGUGUGCCUCUGUGUGCGUGCGCAUAUCUGGGGUUUGUAAAUGGGUGGGGAGACGCUUAUUGACUUAAAAAAAGAGACAUUUGGAAAUGUACAUAUUUUUUAUUUUAAUUGAUAACUUGUAUUUUUAGCCUGGUUUAGUUUGUGCAACGGCAUGUAGUUGUUUUUUACGUAGUGGUUUUGUAUGUACAUGAAAAUGAUUUGCAUAAAGAAGAUUUACACGUAUAUGUAAAUUAAUUUAAUAUACCAUCAUAUGUUGUCAUGCUGUUGGGAGUUUUCACUACAAGAUGGAGAAAGAACGCUGGAUGUUUUUCUACAUUUUCUGAUUGUGACAUCUGUAGGACUUCAAACAGGAUCCAGUAGCCGGGUCACAAAACAAAGCAUAAGAUAUUUAUGAUUUAUAAUCUUUAGGGAAGAAUUCAGUGCAACAGCUAAUGUUCUGAUCAUUUAGUAUGACAUCAGUUCUGCAUGUGAACCUUCGUGAAGCCCUGAACUGGCACUUUCACGAGUGUAGAAAUUGUUAAAACUACGACAAUCUGAUGGGAAAAAAAAAAAAAUAUAUAUAUAUAUAUUUCAUGUUCACACGAAUAUGCAGUAAUGUUGAUAUUUUAAAAUCUCAGUGACAUUUAAGUUCACAUUCAUAAAUAGCUGACUUAAUCAUAAGUAUAGGUAACAAACCUGAGAGUGCCAAACAGGUUUUCAUGACAUCAGAUAAAUGAAUUUUAUGGUUAUGUAAUUUGUUGAAAAAGUGAUCCAUUGUAAACAUGUCGCUCUGAUUUGCCUCCACUAGACUGCAGGAUGUUAAUUAUGUGAUGCUACUACUGACUUUAGUCAGGACAUUGGACACAAAUCUCAUUUAAGACACUGUAUAGACUCUGCAAUUCAACUUCGAUACUGCAAUCAAAGCACUAGUGUCUCCUUGAAUGGAAGCUCUCGAUGUUACUCAGUGCAGUCUCAAUGCUGUAGUGUUACAGUAACAGUAAUGAGUGUGACUAUUUUUGUAAGAACAAGGAUCUCUUAAUUUGGAAAAGUGACUUCAGGUGCUUUAAAAUAUGAAUUAACUCCUUUUAACUAGAACUGUAAGACCCUAGCUGACUGCAAUCUCAGUAUGUACCUCAGCAAUCAUUAAGAGUUAUUAGACUGAGAGCCUUCUUUCUGCACCAUAGUGCCUCUUUUCCAUGGCUGAUAUCUAAAUCACUGCAAGGCAAGGUAAAUGUAGGAUUUACUUAUUUCCUGAACACCUCACAUGACUCUGGACCUUGUCAUACAAUCCUCUGCUGUGGCCAGAGAGUGAGAUUUUUGACUCAUUUCUACGAGAUUAGCUGGAUGACCGAGCAUGGCUGGCUUAGAGCCAAAGAGAAUCUGACAGAGGAUAAAGUACCCAUUUGGACUGCUGUUCAGUUAUUCACUGGUAAGAGGUCAUUCUCACGCUCACUGUUCUCUGGUCUGUUCCUGUACAUGAUGUCAUGUCAUCCUGCAGGGCUCUUUGCAUAGGAAAAUUACAAGUUAAUGACAUUCAAUCCCCCUGUGUUAUCGGAUCUUUUUCAAAAAUAUUAUUUUAAGAGGGGAUUACUGAACAGAAUUUGUGGUUUUCACCUUGUCAUAGAAAGAAAUGGUUAUAUUGUGUAUUUUUGUUUUGUUGUACAGACAUUUUGUAAUAAAAGCAAGAUGAAACACAA